GUCAAAUCUCAUGACACAAUUGAUGAACUGAUGACAAGGAUUCGCUGCAAAAUGGGCAUUCCACCUGACCAGCAACAAUUGAUAUUCCAUGGAAAGCAGCUUGAAAAUAGGUCCACUCUGGCUGAUUAUGACGUCCAGAAUGAGUCUGUUAUUCAGCUGGUC